GAAUGACCGCCUUAGGCCAAGCCGCUCAAGGUUGCCGAAACGAGAAAGCGGUAAUUUCACUUCCAAACUAUUGAUGACCAGUGUUGGCUGUUGAUUUGUCACACGGUAGGUUGCGUAGUGCUUUUAGAAGAUGCUUUUCGGUUUUUUGCGGUUCUAUUGUUCAUUAUUUUACACGUGCUGCGUUUUUAAAGCUAAAGGGAACUAGUGUUUGCCCAGUAUUCAUAUACUUUUAUCACUCAGUAUUUACUCUGAAUAAGCAUAUUGUUGUAAGAAUAGUCUAAAUCUAGCUUCUUUUACUGAGUUAGCUGACAGAGUGGUUUUAUAUAGGUUUGGUUCAAAAUGCCUGCUCGAUUGUAGAUCCUCAGUUAUCUGUAGAGCUGAUCGAUUCACUACGAAUCAUUGUUAGUGUGUCCGAUACAUUCCUUAAAACUAUUUAGGAAAGCUGCAAAAAUUAAAGCAAAUUAUCCCACUGAGACAGGACCUUUCAACACCUUACAGAUAAUUGGGUUUUCUUCAUCUUAUGCAAAACAAAACUUUCGGCCUAAGCAUGAACAAUGCAUAUAUAGUUAGUUGCGGACCUUAUCAAUGGGUAAAAAUAAGUUUUUUUAAAGGUAUCCGGGCGCUUCCUUGGAAAUUAAUAGGCGUUAAGUUCUGCCAAGUUACUUUGAGAGUAUAUGAGAUGUCAUGAUUGUUGAAUGUUAAAAGUGUAGAACAAAUUGUCAGUUUGAUAUCAUGGUGUUUUUCUUGCGUUAGCAUGCUCUUCAACAUCAUUUUAAAGUAAACGUUCAUCUGGCUUCACCUUCAGAUACAGUAGUGUUAACAAUUAUAGGAGUGGAUUCGCUUCGUAGUCGUCUAAAUAUGUUGAAUGCUUUUAUCGCUUAGGUAGCUGUUGACUGCAGGACUAUUGGAUUAAUUAAUUAGUUAAUUUGAACGCAUAACUAUUGGUACAAGUGGGCACCAAAUAUAUGUGCGCCACACUAUAUAUAUUGUGGUCGUGUUAGAGGUUUGUGUACGGUGUUGAUUCAUAGUUUUAAUUGACAGUUAUUUAUAGACAAAGAAUACGUUCACUGAAUUGGUGAGACCAGUUUAUGGAUAACUUUUGGGCGACGCUAAAAUGACCUUGAUCAUGUCCACCUAUUAAGACUAAAUGAGGGUUAUAAACCAGUGUGAGUAAUUAGAGCUAUGAUUUACAGUUGAUGGUUGGGUUUAGGAAUUAGAUUUAGGGUUUCCAUCACGAACUGACAUAAACUGCAAUGCCAAAACGCUACUUGGCCAAGUGGUUGAAUGAAUUUCGUGCCAAAAUCCAAGGCCUGUUAUCUUACAUCUGAUUAGUUUGUCCUUAGUCUCGCCACCGCACUAGUAUGUUAGAAGACAUUCGUGAUUUUGUUUCCAUUUUAUUCCCGAAGAGAAGUAUAAGCCGGCGAAUUAGUGCCAAAUAAAUAUGUGGAAUAGCUACAGUCUAUAUCUGGGUAGGAUUUCCUGUCCUCAAUUAGAUAUGAAACCUUAUUCUCAAAAAUGAUUAAUCUCUUCGUCUGAAUAUUUUAAGUUAAUAAAUAAGUCUCCUAGUUGUAGACCAAUCCUUAAAAAAAUCAAAUAGUGAUAGCUUAAUCUGUACAUGAAUGUCUAUUACAAAGAUAGAAAUGGGAAAAUUGAGUUACCCUUACAAACCAUUUUGCUGUUAACCAUUCUAAUGACAGUUUUCCUUAGGCUAUGACUCAGUUACUAUAGUAUUAAUAAUUCAGUUUGUCUUAGGAUUUAUUGUUGACUGAAAACAUCGAAUGAUAGUAAUUAAUGCAAAUUCACCGUACCGAGACCUGAUAGUAGUUUAGUAUCGAGGUAUUAUUGUUAACUGCUUACGAGUUUAUUUCUGUAAUCUUACCUUUAUCAAUAAGUGGUUGGUAUGUUACGUAUACCUAACUACCGUCUACUUUGAUAUACACACCAGGAUUGAGUAGUAGGUUGGAAAAAAGGCUGGGAGCGGACAAAUCGAGACGUACCAUCAAUUCAUAAAGUCAUUGGCUGGGCGAUACAUCGGUGGUGCUCAAAUUUCAUCAACUAGGUUGCAGGUUCGAACCUCGUCAAGUACAUGAAUUUAUACGUGACAAAUGAGCUUAUGAAUCAGAAUUUCAUACCUGCACUUUAGGACUCACAUUUGUGUAUUCGCUGAAGCGUAAUUGGUUAGUUAGUUAUUUUUUGAUAUUUGCAGUUUGCCAGAUCGCGCAUAUUCAGGAUGGAAAUUUUCAUCGGCUUUAUCAAAAUGACUGUAUUAUUCUGCACAUGAUUGUUUCACUUUUAACAACAGAAAAUCAGCGAAAAUAAAAAAACGUUACAACACACAUGAGUAAAAAGAGGGGACGUCAAAUGCUAAGGCUCACAAAUAUAAAACAUAUGAUGACUAAGUGUGCCAGAGUGUGACUCCCAUCUGAUUUUCAACCAUGAGAAGUGUUGGACCUUGUACAUAAGUGUUUCGAUCCAAGUUGUCUCACCUCAUCAACACAACAGAAUAGAAUCGGUUGUAUGGAAGACGAAGUUCUCCAAAUUUAUGUACUAUUAUCUAGCGGUAAAUAAAAUAAUCACUUCCUGAUGAGUCGAGAGGAUGAAUUCUCAUCACUUGUCACCCAAGCGCGUCUAAAAUGUGAGGAAGGGAAUUUUCAUGAGUCACUCAAGCUUUGUCAGGAUGCCUACGCAAUAAAUCCUUCUUCUAGUCUUAUGCGAAAAAUUGUUCGUCUUCAAAAUUUAGUAAGCCAAGAUACCAAGGAGAACAUUCCAAUAGCUCCCGAAAAAUCUGAAAAUUCUUUAAAAGGAGCUGCUAAGUACUUUGUUUGCGAGUCUGAGAAGUAUGUAUCUCCUAGUAACAUAACUGACAGCACUAAUCUUCUGAAGGAAGCGUAUUUAUGUGUUCCGUCAGCUGAGAUUGAAUCAAAGAUUGGACGAAGUGAAUCAGCUCAUCCUACAACCUAUACUGAUACUUCAAACACGAAAGAAGCUUCAGGGGAAGAAAAGCUUUAUGAUGGUACUCAAUUCAUUCUAAUUGAUAAAGCGAAAUUGUUAUAUCAAUCUGGAGACUAUGUUGAAUGCCUUCGUCUUCUUAAAAAAGCCUACAACCUUAAGCAAUGCGAUAAAGUAAAGCGGAAAAUUGAAAGGAUCGAAAAUUAUUUGAAAGAAAACGGAAUUCCUGUUGAUCAUUAUGAUUAUAAGUCGCACACUAAUAAUGUUGUUACUGCAGUUGACCAUGAUGAUGAAAAGGACCCUCCUAAACUCACCUAUGAUUUGGUCGAAAUAGCUGAUAGAUUCAGUGUUCCCAAGUUGUUAUAUGAUAAAUUGUAUGAUUAUCAAAAGUACGGUGUUAAAUGGCUUUGGAGUUUACAUCAGAAAAAUUCUGGCGGCAUAUUAGCUGAUGAUAUGGGACUAGGUAAAACAGUUCAGGUUAUUGCUUUUCUUUCUGGCCUGUUCGUAUCUAGUAAAUUUUCUUGCACAGUGUUGAUUGUAAUGCCAGUCAGUGUUUUGGUUACUUGGGAAGCUGAACUAAAAAGAUGGGCACCAGGACUUCGUGUUAUUGUUUUUCAUGAUAACAGUCGAGCGGAUCGUCUUAAAAGUUUAGUAUCAAUCCAACGACAUGGUGGUAUUCUACUUACAACAUACGGAACACUUGUUUCCAGCAUAAAAGAUUUGUCUACUGAUUUAAAUGCAAAUCCUGAAUUUUUAAGGUCAUACAAAAAACAAAAAUCCACUGACAAUGAUGCCAGUGAUAUUCUUGCUAGGAUGGGUAAAGAAUUUCAUUGGACUUAUUUAAUAUUGGAUGAAGGACAUAAAGUCAAAAAUUCAUCUGCUAAGACGACCAAAGCAGCUCAAGCAAUUUAUGCAGAUCAUUGUAUUCUCUUAACUGGUACUGCUGUACAAAAUAAUCUCAAGGAAUUAUGGUCUCUUUACAAUGUAACUCAUCGUGGUCGACUCUUAGGUACACAAAAAACGUUUUCUAUUGAAUAUGACAAACCAAUAACUCGUGGACGCGAAAGAGAUGCUUCUCGUGCUGAAAAAGUACACGGUCAAUUAAUGGCUGAAAGUUUACGACGUAUAAUAGAUCCAUAUUUUUUGAGACGCACAAAAUCUGAAGUUUUAUCUCAACAGUAUAAUAUGAAUGCGGCUGUACCGAUAAAAGAUAAAAUGCCACGUAAAACAGAAGUUGUAUUAUGGGUUUACUUAAGUUCCAUACAAGAAUCCACAUAUCGUGAUUUUUUACAACUUGAUAACGUAAAAGAAUUAUUAAUGCAACGUACAAAACGUUCACCAUUAAUGGAAUUGGUAAUUCUAAAAAAGCUCUGUGAUCAUCCGCGUCUUUUGUCCACUGAACAAUGUUUAAAUCUUAAUUUAAAUUAUGAUGAUGGCAAUGGUAAAGGUGAUAAUUUUCAUAUUGAUGAAAUUGUUUCACAUAAAAUACAUUUUCCACCAUCAGAACAGCUGAUUAAAGAAUCUGGGAAAUUCUUGUUUCUUCAUUGUUUGAUGAAACAGUUUUUGCUUGAAUUACAAUCGAAUCCACAAAGAGAUUCACCGCGCACGUUGAUAUUUUCACAAAGUAUAAAGUUUCUUGAUAUGGCUGAAAAAGUCAUUCUAGAUAUAAAAUGUCCUGUUAAUAAUUAUACAUUUAAUGACAAUUUGCACUGUCCUACGCAACAUCGUAUUUUACGAUUAGAUGGUCGUACUGCAAAAGUAUGCGAUCGUCUAAGCAUAAUUAAUAAAUUUCAAAAUGAUAAAUCUUAUACAGUUAUGCUGUUAACUACUCAAGUUGGUGGUGUUGGACUGACAAUUACAUCAGCUAAUCGUGUUAUCAUUCUCGAUCCAAGUUGGAAUCCAGCUGUAGACUCACAAGCUGUAGAUCGUGCGUACAGAAUAGGUCAAAAAUUAGAUGUAGUUGUAUACCGAUUGAUUACUUGUGCAACUGUCGAAGAAAAGAUUUAUCGUCGUCAAAUAUUCAAAGAUUCCGUAAUUCGCCAGACAACGUCGACAGGCCAAAACAAAACGGACUUAGAUCCUUACCGGUAUUUUAGUCGCCAAGAGCUGGUUGAAUUAUUUAGUCUCGGAGACACACGUAUUUCUGAAACUAAACGGCAGCUAGACAUAUUACAUGAUGGUUCAGAUAGAUGGUCUGAUAGUUCCAUUAGCCCACAUUUAAAAUUCCUCAGUAGUGAUGCACUAAAGCAUGUUGUUUAUGGUUUAUCGUUUCAUGAUUUAAUGUUUAGUAAGGAAUCUAUUAACGAAGGAGCUAUUGAUACGGAUCAUGAGAAAUUAUACGUUAUGAAUCGUUGUGUUGCAGCUGAACGUGCCAUAGCUGAAGAAUGUGCUGUUGAAGGAAGAGUAAUUGGUAAAGAAAUGCCAGCAGUCACAAUGACACAAGCAGAAAGUACUGUAAAAUCAUUGCCAACACAUUUAGCAAAUCUUAAUUUACAAAAUAAAUUACCACCUUCCAGUUACCACAAUCAUGACAAUCGUUUUAUUAAUCAUGUACCAUUAGAUCAAUUGUUCAAGCCUUCCAAGUCUGACACUCAUAGACCAAUGUUCAAUAGACCAGUAACAUCAUUUAACAAUCCACACACUAACAUCAUUUACACUUCAUCUAAUAUUGAACAUCAUAGUGAAAAUAUAAGUCCCAAUUCAAAUAUACCAUUAGUAUGCACCAUUGCUGAGCAUCAAUCAGUUGAUCGAAUUAGUUCUGUAAACACGUACGGGGUAAAUGAACCCCUCUCGUCAAAGCUAGGACGUCAGUUACAAGAUGUUACUGAAGUUGUAGAAGUACAGAAGAAGAAUGAUAAUGGAUCUCUGGAAAUCAGGAAUUCUCCAACUGAUGAUCUAUCGGAUAAUGAGUGCCUCGAUACACCUCCUAGUGCACCAGUUGCUGAUAUAGAAUGCAUAACUAUAGAGGAUUCAAUUACGCAAAGUUUGCGAGAAAUAAGUAUAACUCAGAAAACUCCAUCAAGAUCUCAUGAUAAUGAGAAAACUAACAAAGGAUCAAAUAUUUUAAAAACUCCACUUCAUCAUCUUCGAACUUCGUUAAAUUCGAGAUCAUCAUUUGCACCAUUCAAUUCAAAUUUUUAUCGUUCUACUCCAUUAUCUUCAAGGAAGUCAACAAAAAUUCCUCCUAAGGAACACUUUGAACAGUGUGGACAGGAAUUAAACGAAAAUCUCGGUGACAUCAAAUCACCAACAGAUUUUGAUCCUGCUCAGAAUUAUAUACAUAUGGAUAUUAGUAUGGACAUAAACGAAGAUGAUUUAGCUAAUACAGUAGAUAUGAAGUCAAUUCAGCAGGUACUUGCAAAAUCUGGUAUUUUGAAUUCUACUGAUUUAAACAAUAUAAAUGAAACUGGAGGAGGUGAAUCCAUGUCAAAUUCAAUUGAAAUCCAUAAAUCUUCCACUGAACAAGAACUUAAUUCAGUUUCGGAAGAAAAUGAUUUGACUAAAUCUUUAAGUGAUUCUGAAGUUGCCAUGGACUCUUACAUAAAUCGUCAGUCUGUCGAGAAGACGCAUAUUGACGAUACUGAUAUUAUUGAAUCUAGUUUCUGAAGAUGUUUUUUUAAAAUUUGAUUUUAAAAUAUGUAAAUAGUACAUCAGUUCAAUAUAAUCGUUACGUUUUCUUUACAUUAGUAAAGAGUAAUUAUAAAAUAAUAUCCUAAUAAGUAGAAAAUAGAAUUUCUAUCGUUUCAUGGCAUAGUGUAAGUUGCUGCUUCAGAAACAAUUUAAUUUUCUACUCACUGGGAUAUUACAAAUGUAUUAUUUUAUUAUUACAAACAGUCUACUCAAUCCUCAAUGUAUUUGAAAGUAAGUGGAAAUGACAUAUAUUUUGUAUUUUUGUCAAUUGAGUAGCUACGAACAGAAUAUUAGUAAACUGUGGGCCAGUUUUUAAAAAAAUUGCCAACACCAUGUUUCCUGCCAUUCUAGGUAUUAGUGAAAUUUGGCAUUGUAUCUACUACUGGUUUAAGCGAAAUUAGUAAAUACAAAGGUGCAGGAGUAACCAUUUUGUAAACUUUAUUUAAAGCGCAUAAAUUGUGGUCGUUUCGCAAAUUUGCUAGUGACAUCAAUCACUAUUUUUGUGACAUCAUGCAAAUGCUCACAAUGUCCAUCCAUAAUUUUUAGCGGACUGCUAGGUAGUCUUUAAACUACCUCAGCGAAAGAAUAAAAGUACACAAAACGGAAACAAAAAGACAUUCGUUCCCCCAGGAUCUUGCAGCGUUUUUUUAAACAAAAAGCUCACCACUUUGAUCGGCCUAUCUCAUUCUUAUAUAUUCUUUGACUAAUGCUCAUUAGUGCUAAUGAAUUUGGGGGAUAUUUUAAACCAAGCUACAUCCAGGGGGCAAGAAGUUUGCUUGAUUGCUUAGACUGAUGACUCACAUGCACAUGUGUGUUGCUAGACCUCCAAAUAAACUGACAAUAUACGAGCACCUUAUACAUCAAAAUUAUCGUAUAUAAACCAUAAUAGCCACGGGAAUCAAUAAUAAUGACUAAUCAGAAAGGCGCAUAGAACUGUUGCUGAAAUAAGUGAUUCAGAAUGCUAUAAAGAUUGUUGUUCAUAACAAAUGGUAUAUUAGCAUCGAAGAUAUGUGCAUACCUGUAUUAUUGGACGUGAACGAAGAGAAAAAUGAGUAUAUAACAUGAUAAUACAAAAAUUACCUGACCAAUGUAGAUAAGAAUAUAAGGUAAAAUGACUUUUAGAAAACGAGAUGAACUUGCCUUUUAGAGAGAAAUCUUUCAAUUAACGAAUAGUUAUGGCAAAACCCAGUAAAUUUCUAAUGUCCUUGGUGUGGUUACGUAAAUAUUAUCAAAAAUUUGAAGUAUGAAAACAACUGACACUUGAAUUAAAUGCAUUUAAAGCAUAAAGAUUUGUCAAAUUGGGUUUGCAUCAGUCUAUGUUUGGUUUACGAGAUGCCUUAGAUUUGUACGCUGCAUUGAACUCACUCGUUGAUUUACUAAUUUGUGGCAGAUAUGGGUUGUGUCCGCUUUCUCAUAAAAAUUUUUAGCUGCCGCAUUACAUUUAUUACGUUUGGUAACUGCAUAGAAUAUGUUGUCUGAUUAGAGUUUGGAAAGCUGUGUCGAUUAACUAAACUUCUUAGUCUGCGUCUGACUUUGAGGUUACAUUUACUUUCAAAGGGUAUGUUGAAUUUUUUGUUUGACUGAUCAAAGUGAACUAGGUAGUGAAAAUAUGGACUUUAAGGCUUAAUGAUUCAGCUAUUAACUAUUCAAUACCUACUGUGUGCGCUCAGACAGUCUAAUAUCUAAAAAAUGAACAGUUUUUGUAUCGAUGGAGAUGUUUCUAGGCUGCCUCAUAAGUGUAAAACGUUUUUAUUCAUUUGGUAUAUCAAAAUAUAUCAAUCCUAUCCUAUCGUCAGAUAUUGGUCUAUCUAAUGAACUCUCUCAUUUCUGCGUCUUAUAUCACACAAAUGUUUUGAUAAAUACACCAAAAUAUUAUAUUUCUUUUCAUAAGAUAAACCGAUAUUAUUUUGUAAGUAUCAGGUAUAUAAUUUAAAUUUAAAAUGCUACUGCAGAAUAUUUGACAAAAGCCAAUCGAGUAUUCUGAAACUUUGCCGAGAUUUCAACGGACAUCAGCCCAUUAGGGCUGAUGAGAAUUCCGAGAUAAAUUAUUUGCUUUUGACUAAAUCAACUCCUUCACUCGCUGUGAACAAUCUAAGUGAUGUUGCAGUUCAGUCCUAAAAUUGCAAGAAAAGCAACCCAUAAGUUUUUGCAUUGUUGCUCGAGGCGUUUGGAAGAUUGGUCUUUCUAAUUAUCCUUAUUUAGCAUAAUUAUCAUCUGAGUAUUCUAGAUUGAUAAGUGAGUUUCCGAGUAGAAGAUAUAUACUUGAAAAUUUAAACGAAGGAAAUUUCUAUGUGAAUACUUGUAACGAGGAAAAAUGGGGAUAGCGAGCUGCCUUGAAGAACGCUGAUGAAAGUUGCCAAUUACGGCCUUAACUCAACUAAAGGUAUUCAAGUAAAUAGUCUUCAGGAGGUUUACAUGCUUUCCAACACACCUUUCAACGACAAACACAACCACAAAACCUCUUGGUCAAGGUAGCCAAAUGCUCUUCUCAGGUCAGUGAAUUUGAUUAUAUUUGAGCGUUGGUAUUUGUUCUAGUAUAUUAACUUAGUCAAGACUUACAUGAUCACGUCUCGAGGUGACUUGGUUUACGCAUUUUUGCUGUUCCAAAGUAAGUGAUAAAGCAGGCUAAUGUUUUAGAUAUCUUGUUGUCUCACACCAUAACACAUUGGUAUUAUUGUUUGUUCUUGGUAGUACUACUCUCUAUCUGACCUGCUUGGUAUAAUACAACCACAAAGAAAAAAUACUCCAACCAGUGUAUCGUCACGAUAUAAAAGUUAGACAGUCAUGCCAAUGUGGCAUCGAUAAUCAGAGCUGUAAUCAUUGUUAGUAUUCUCGCUAUGGGUCAAUGAACAAUUUACACAGAAUAUUAGAUGUACUCUUUUAUGCCUGUAUUAUUGACAAUGACUAGAAAAUUUCCUGGAGGUGAUGCGUUCCCUGAGCCGGAUGACUUAGUCAUUAAGCUUUUAUUCUCAUCACAGACAAAGUUGUUAGCACGUACUUAAAAAACAAGUGAGGUGUUAAAAUUUCUCAGCAGUUUGAUUUAUGAAUUUUUUGAAUUAUUCUGAUAAAAUUUUCGAGAACUAAUUUUGUGAUCAUCAAUUCAAAAAACUGCGUAUUAGAUCUUUUAAUUUUCAAUGCCAAUUUAUAAUCUUAUCAAUCAAAUUAAGUCAUUUGACUUCUUAUGACGUUUUUUUGAAAUUUGAGAUCACUGGAGAGAUUCUCAUGUUCAUGAAACAAGGUGUUUAGUGAUUUCAUAUUUGUUAAAAGGUUUGUGCUAUGUUAUAAUAUAGACAUAUUUAUACACAAUAUAGAAAAGUUAUUUAUCUACUACGAUUUUUACAUGUUAUUACGUCGUUUAAGUGGUUGCAUCCUUAUGUCUAACCGUAAUGCAAACACCAUACUUCAUAUAUGCUACCAACAGUGAACAAAUUCUUCAUUGAUUAGUUCAACACAAUUUAUUUGAAUCUUUUAGAGCAAGUUAGGUUCACAUGUACAGUAAUUUUAAGUUCAUUGUGAAUGUCUAUAUGGAAUAAUGAAAGUGAAUACUGAUAUAUUUACCUUAUUAAAUUCGCAGCGUUGUGACCUCAACCAUAAAACAGUUUGUGAGAUUUUCAUAGUUUAUAUCGUAUGCUUUAAGACAAUGAAAAUUCUACAAUUUACAUAAACACUCCACAAAUAAUAGUUACCCGUUCAUCAAUGACUAGCUUCAAGAUGCUAUUCUUGGAGUUCUAGUGAUAAGCCGUGACCACUGGAGUCCAAUCAUAUCGGGUGUGAGACAGUUAUCUAUUGUAGGCAUUAGAUGAGGGUUUGAGAUGCAAACCACUGUCUGUUCAGUGAUCUAGACGUUAAGCAUUCACGAGAAAAAUUGAAGGUUCUGGGUCCAGUCCUCUGUCGUGAGGUUGCAAGUGCACAUUUUACAGUAAUCGCAUACUAGGAUGAAGCAGCUAUUCAGUGCUCCCAGGUUUUCAGUGUUGAUCUAGCUAAGAUCAGUUAAGGAUUCAAACUAUGAAAAUGAUUUGAUUUCGUAUCAAAUUGAAGCUCACUUUUUCAAUCACUAGUCAUUUUUCACAAUUAGUUUGUCAGUUUUGUAUAAAUUAUGGUUUAGGUUUUUUAAGGCUCAGUCCGCUGUAUUAAGUAUUUUAGGGAGUUAGUUUUAGCUAAUCUCAAGCUCCUAAUAUGUUUCAUCAUAUUAUUUUGUUAACAACCCUCGAAGACAAUGUUAAUUUAAACUGAACUGUGCAAUCGUUCGUAGAAUAAGGUAGACAAUUGCGAAAUAGCUUAGUUAGAAAGAUGGGGAGAGUGUAUCUAUAUAUAUAAUGUCAAGGGAUAUCGAGGCAUAAAUUUAGAUGCUUUACUUCACUAAAACCAACAUUUCACUACUGAGUAUCAAAUGUCUAUUUUAAUUUUUAAAUGAGAGAAAUAAUUACUGUUACAGAAGUAUAUAUUUGAAUCAACGGUCUUCUAAAUUUUAUGGGGUUUUCCUCUGGGAGUUUUCUUGUCUUUUGACUUAAGCGUUAUCAGAUUAACAAAUCAGUGGAAGAUAUUUGAAAACUGUCAGACUCAAAAACUAAUUAAACAUCACUUUCUAACUCUUACAUUUCGACUGAUAAUCAUAAUGAUAUGACUAUGAUAGAUGAUUGAUUUUUCUACUUACAGCUACUGAAUACAAAAUGUUAUCUUUCUUGAACAGCAUUCGUCAUGAUUAAAUUUGUUCAGGAUUUAAUAGUAAUUUGUGAUUGUGGAUUGAGCAAAACCGAAUAUAUCCUUUCCGUGAAGUUAGCAAUCUGAUAUCAGGAAGUGGUGAGAAAAUUAUGGUUGUUCGAGAGAACAUUUUUGAGGAUUACGUGUUACACAAAUUCUAAGAAUUCCAAUGUGCUAGUAUUUUCAGUAGUUUGACAUUUUUCAUAUAAACUGAAUCGCUCCCUUCACAGUUAGCCUUUUAAUCAUUGUUAAAUCAUUUUUGGACGAAUCAAUAUGAUAAUUAUCAUCUGUGAAUAUACCAUAGAGAAUCAUAUUUGGAGUGUAUUUUGGACUUACUUAUCAUUAUACUAAGUUGUGUUGAUCAUUUAAGAAUCAUUCAGUGUUUACUGUUAUUAGUUUUUCCUUCUUUACAAAUUUACUUCAUUAAAAAUGGCAUUGUAGUUUUUGUAUAUUAUUUAAUAACAUACAUAUGAUAUGAAAAGCAUGGGUAACAGGCCCAAAUAAUGACAUGGACAAAGAUUAAUACUCGAUACGAAUAUUUCAACAAUAAUUCCCAGCCUACAGUUAUCAAUAACAGACGACAAGUUUUUUCAUUAAGUAAACAGCAUAGUGUAGCUAUAACAAGUUUAAGGAUAUUUUUAAAAAUAUGAGAGUACAAGUUUAAUUAUGUAUAGAUUAAACAGUAUAAGGAUUAAGUUACUAGUAGGAAUUAUGAUUUUCAAAAAAUAGCUUAAAAACUUCAGAAUUUAAAAAUAGAAGAUAGAACUUGCAGCUCAGGUGGGUGUUUUCGGUGAUACUGAACUAGAUAAUGAGCUUAUUGCCUAUUUCACAAGCCUCAAAACAGUUUUUUCUACUGGCCUUGGUUGCGAUUGGUCGUCUUUGUAGGUUGCAUUUUAUUUAUUUGUCCUUGUAUUCAAGUUGACCGUCUUGUCCACAUCAAGUAUCGCACUUAAGUGAGCGCAUUACUUUUAGAUUAGUGAAUGGCAAUCUCAUGGUCCGCAUAUUCAAAUCCAGUUUACUCAUAUGCAACGAUAAUCAUUUAAUCUAUAUACGUCUCAAAAUUGACGUAAUCUGUACAAUCAAUUGACUGGAAAAAUUUAAUAAUGAAAAUACUGGAAUUUUUUUCUCGCUACUAAUAUUUAGUUAUUUCAACACAUAAACAUUGAUACAAGGAGGCAACAAACAGUUAUGCGCCACGUAAAUCAUUCGGUUUAUGUGAGAGCUGGGAUGUUGCCCGGGUGCCCAGACCGGAGCAGGUGGUUUUAGGGGACCACACCCCGAGCCUUGACGUGGUCUGAACCACAUGGCAGUGGAGCAACGUCAGGCGAUGCAGUCCCAUGGUAACCGGUGACCAACGAUUGGUCCGUACACCAUUUGUUCCUUCAGUAUCCUGGAGACUAUGUACACCAUUGAUUUGGAAUCAGGGUUUUCCAACUCCCCUAGGUGGACUAUCCAUGUCCACCAACCCGGUUAAGUCGCCGAACAUUCGCUUUUCGUAAACAACACCCGUGGUGCGCGGAGGCGGUGAGUAGGACUUCCCUGGUAGUGGUUGUAUGCAUGUGGCCAUGUGAGAGCAUUUCGAGAAGGAGAGCAGACUCCCCCACCCUCGGCCGUACCAGGGCACUUGGGGGCCAUCUAUGUUUUGAUGUGAAGCUUGGUUCCCUAGGAUUAACGACGGAACUGAUGACUUUGUGCACAUAAAAGAUGAUUGAUCUCUCAAACGUUAAACUAUCUAAGAUCAAGAACACGUUAUCAGGCCAACAAACACGCAAAUAUUAUUGCAAUUAAUAAAGCUAGGAAGAAAUAACAAAACAGAUCUAGCAGUUGGUUUGGGUUCAUCAGCCAAUCCUAGCUGAUUGCCAUUGGUCCACACAUCAAGUUUCUGUUGUGAUUUACCAUUUUCAUGAAAGUAUUUCUACAUGAUUUCGUAAUUAAUAUAUAUAAGUUAAGCAAUAAACAUAAAUCAAUAACUACCAUGUCUACUGUUAAUUUAUAGAUAUGUGCAUAAACAAGUCAAUUUACGCAAAAUUUUGUACUUUAACUAAUACUGUUUAUUAUUAAAUUACUGUGGUAAUUGUACUAAUUAAUGAUUGCUUGGUACUUGAUUGCAAGCUUAAAACGAAUGCCAAAUAUAGUACGUUUGGUUAUGUUCAUUUCGUUCUACCUGCCUUAAAUCGCACUAUUUCGGGAACUCUUAGCACAUUAAUCCGAAUACUUCUAAUUAUCAUACUAGCGUCUCGAUAAGGUCGAAUCUUGGACAGUUGUAUGUUAAUUCAAGUGGGGAUGUCUUUGAAAAUGAUAUGGAGAGAUCUAAAAUCUCGUGCAUGACUAGAAAAGAUAUUAAAGAUAAUAAAUUCACAGCUUAAUUCCUGACAUUUAUUGGAAAAGACGUGUAUAACGUACUAAGAAUUUGGCUUUUCCAGAGAAAUCAACUUCAUUGUCAUAUGGAUCUCUCAAGGAAUUUCUACUUGGUCAUGUGCAGAGACGGAUCAGUGUCAUAUAAUGAUGCGACAGAAUGGGCAGAAAGUUAGAGACUUUAUACUUGAACUAUAGAAACAGGUCGUGACGUGCAAUCUUGGAGACUGGUUGGAAAUUCAUCUUCGUUAUCGGUUGACUGUUGGGAUAAAUAUUCCAAAUAUAGAAAAAGAAUACAUUCAAAAACCUACAAGUUCAUUCAAAAAAAUUAGAACAUAUAUUUACUAUAGGGCUGUAAACGAGCUUGGUUUCCAGUCAGUGAGAAUUUCUAAUAGUUUACUUAUUUGUCAUGAUGAUUUAUAUUCUCAAGGUUGCCCAAGCUCACUUGUGAUUAAUAGUGGUUCCCAUUUUCGCGGAAAUGUGAAAAAUGAUUCGACAAAGAAUCGGAAAGUAGGUUAUAGAGGUAAACGCAGAUUCAGUAAAUGCGUAUCCUGUGACAAGUUUCACUCACGUAAUUCAUGUGUCUUUCGUCGUGCUAAAAUGAAACACCUCAAGUCGGUUUCUAAAGUUACUGUUCAUUUCGCCACCAGGGUUGGUAAAUCCAGUAGUUCGGUUUUUAUUGAGCUGGGUGUUUCUAAUGAUCACUUAUCUCAAUCUACGAGUUUGGAAGGUAAUUUCCAUAUUGAGAAGCCAUUAUAUACCUCCCUUGGUUCAUUCCAUGACUAUUGUUCACACAGGCGAUUUGGGGUUCACUGUCUUUUUCAAGAAUUUGAAGUCUUUAAAUUCUAACGUUGUAGUACUACCCAUUGAGAUCUAAGUAUUGAGGAUUACUGAAUACAAACUGUCUACGAGGAUGCUGUUAAUUGUUAAUUAGAGACGAUAAUUCUUUAUAAAUAUAUUGAUUUGUUAGUUAAUGAAGCAGGGACUAUCAAUAUUUGGUUUAAAGAAUUUGAAGACCUUAAGUGGAGUUGUCUUUAUUAGUUUUUAGAGAAGAUUCUGAUGCUUUACCUGAAGAUUUGAUAGCUGAGUGUGCCAAGUGAAGUUGUGGGAUGAGAAUUCAGGCUAUAAAACUUCAAGUACAUGGCGAUUCUGUCUUUCUUAAAAGAUGAAUAAUUCAUUAUGGUCUUCAAGAAUUAGUACAUAAGUCAUUGAAUGAAUUGUGUGCAAAAAGUGUAAUUGAACCGAUUUAGUCUUCAGCGUGGGGUUCUCCUCUUGUUACGCUCUUGAAAUCAUAGAACGACCCCUAGAAUAUGCAGUGAUUACGGAUUAUAAUGAACCCCCACUUGUUGGAGCAAACGUGUAUGAUGAUGGAAGCUGAAGAUGUUUAAUUGACUUCAUGGUUCUGAGGUAUUCUUGAAAGGUGUUUACCCUCAAGUCUCCCUAGAUCAAUCUUCACCUAUUUUGACAACAAUUCACACGCAUUUUGGUCUAUUAAAAUACAACUUUCAUUAUUUCGUUUAAGUUGUUCUCCAGCCAUAUUUCAAUAAGUGAUGAAUAAUGUAGCCAGUAAACCUAAAGGUGUUGGAGCUUAUCAAGAUGGUUUUAUUACUCAUGGUUCUGAUAAAGCAGAUCAUGAUCAGAGACUUAUUUCUUUAUUGCGUCGUCUGAUUCAGAAUAUUUCUGUUCACUGCUCCCAGACACCCUUGUCCUAAUGGUCAGGCAGAAAAAUUCGUCAGAACAUUAAAGACUGGCAUUAAUUCCAUCUCUGCUGCAACAUUUGAUGAACUGGAGAGGGGAGUAGACAUAUUUCUACUGCAAUAUAGAAAUGCUAAACAUUCUGCAGCGAGAGUGACUCCAUCUAAGUUAUUAGAAGCGAGAAUUCUCGGCUCGAAUGUGAAGUGCUUAGAGUCUGCAGGAGUUACGUGUUAUCGUGAAAAUAGAUUUCAGCUAGCCGCGGGGAUUGCGGUGGAGAAUAUUGGGAAAUGUUAUUUGAAUUCUAAGUACCAAUGAUUAGAUUACAUGUUAAGCAAAUGCGAUUCCAGGUGAGUCCAUCCCGAUUUUGGUUGUUAACUUUUAUAAUAAUGAUUACAUUCUAGACCAUAUAGAGUCUCUACGUAUACACAAUCGGACAGACACAUGAUGGACCUAAGGCGACGACACAAUCGAUUGAAGAAAGUUUGAUUUCCAUUUAAGCUGUGGCGGUUGUAGUAUUUGUACUUGAUUUUUCGCUUAAAACGAAUUCCAAAUAUAAUACGUUCAUUUGUGCUCAUCUAGUUCUAUUGGCUAUAAAUUGCACUAUUUCGGGAAGUCCUAGUUAGCACAUUAAUCCGAAUACUUCUAAUCAUCAUA